AUGUUUACGAUAAAUCGUGUGGAGCAGCACGAGCCAAUGGCGCAAAAAAGUGGACCCAGGGUAACGGAAACCAGUUGCCAGAAAGCUCCACGUGGCGACAACGAAAAUAGCGAAAACACCUGCAUUCUGCGAAUUUUUCGACAGGGCAUCGUUGCCGAGUGCAAUUCAUUAAUCGAAGUUGACGUACGUGCAGAAGAAGAACAGGAAGUAUGGAAACUUUGCGGCUAUCCGGGAGUCGAUCUCCCACUACGGUCAACUCAGCGAGACGACGCACCAUUUACCACAAGCGAAAACAAAUUAGUAGGUGGUUUUACGAUUGUUAAGUUUCGUGUCACGAAAAAUGAAGGGGCGAUCGAAAACGUGCCUCCAUCGAUCUUCUUUGAAACAGGGAAGUUUGGCUGUUCCAAUUCCGUUUGCACAAUAGUAUCGUGGAAACUUACGCACUCAGAGUUCGUCCAAUGUCGUGGACAAUGCGACAAUGUAUUUACGAUGGUGUCCGAAUGCUUAGCUGCGAAGGUGGCGCGAAACGAACACUUGGCGAGGAAAAUUGAGGCUGAGUUCGACGCAGACCUGAUGAAGCUUGUGGACAGGUGUUUCGUUCCGAACGAGGCCGCUGCCAGCCAGAGGCAGCUCUGCGUCCUGAACCACGCGACGAUGCACGAGAACCUUUUCUCCGAAAACGGACCAAUGAGAGACUGUACCGAUUGCUUGAGAAGCAUGAAAGACGUUUUGAAACGACUGUCGGGCAGCAGACCGGCUCAAAAAAAGUGCAUGCACGACGGGUACAUCUCGAUCCUGAAGGCGAUUAAUCCGAGCUGCCAGAUCGUGCGUAAUCCACACAUGCACGAAGUGUACCAAUAUUACGUGACAGGUGAAAGAGGCCCAAAUCCUUUGUAA